AUGACGUAUUGGCCCAUCUCCUCUCCCUCUGUCUUCGCGGCCACCAAGAAUGCGAAUCUCGAGCGCACGCCGGUAUCCCACGACGGCACUGAUGAGGCAUCGCAGAGUGAACGAGAUGGCGCGUCUGAGGCCAAGACUGAAUCCACGAAUGAGACCGACGAUACCGAGUCAUUUGGGGGAAAGGCAGGGGUGCAAGAGUUGGGAAGAGAGCAGAUCACGCGUCAAAUAAGCAGUCUUGACCAGGUCGCGGAAGACGAUGUCCAUGGCGAUAUCGUUGCGAUUCGAGUUUCAAGGAGUGGACAGCUUUUCGCAACCCUCACCCGGACAACUUUGACAAUCUGGCAAACGAAGCCUACAGUCAUACUAGCCUCAGUGCUGCGGUCUCAACAGUCGUUGAAGACCUACGGCCCAAACACAGACGUUCUGCUCCGCCCUGACUCUCAGAUCUUCGUAGUCCAGACUACGCUCGGAUUCCUCAUCACAUACUCUCUGGCUACAGAUCACUCCUCCCGCGUAUAUAAGACCCAAUUCACGGAUACACAUGGAACACAUUCGAGGAGGGCCAGUACAGUUGGUUUCAAGAUACAGCGCCAGCAUGACACCAAUGCUGGCCCCGGGGAGGGCAGUGGAUUCAAAGAGCUCAGUCUCCGCUUUCGCAUGGUCAUACGCGUUGAUGCUGGGAUUGUGAAAGCCUUAGCCCUGGAUGACGAGCUGGUAGUGGCAACCGCGAAGCCUGCGGCGAUGCAAUGCAUACGGUGGGCACCAGACCACCAAGGGAGCCAGACAAGCACUGAAGUUCUCAGUAAGAUGAGCUGGCUUGGAAAGAAACCGGCACUUGUUGAUAUGACUCACGAUCGGCCUAUGAAUCUGUCCUGCUGGAUAACGGAAGAAGGCCAAGCGUUCGCUGUCCAAAGAACGAGACCAGAUCCCAAAAAAGAAGCGAGCGCUCCGCAGAACCUUUUUCGCGGCUAUGGCUUUCAUAUACCUGAAACAGACGAGGAAUACGGCGUGAAAGCUGCAAUCAACGCUCGAUUCUCGCUUCUGGCUGUGGGCUGCAAGAACAGCGACAUUUACAUUUACACUGUUCGAGACUACACUGGUAACAUCCCGAUCUCCCACAAACUUCAACCUAACACCUCUGCUCCCGGCAAGCUGAACGUCUUGACGUACUCACCGGAUGGUUAUUGUUUGUUCGCUGGCUAUGAGAACGGCUGGGCUAUGUGGAGUGUGUACGGUAAACCAGGCGCGACCAGCUUCACGACCGACAGAGCCGUUUCAGAGACUAAUGGUGAAGGGUGGCUCCUGGGUGUGAAGGAUGCCUUCUGGAUCGGUGGAGGCGCUGAACUGUUGAUACUUGGGAACAGCGACAAUCGGCUGUUCGUGGUUGAAAUGGCUAGAAGCGCUGUCACUGGAUGUUUCUCGUCAGCGAACGUGUCGAGAUCUCUGAUGCAAACCAGUACAGGUUUCAUGAUCUAUCGAGGCUACGAUCUACCCGAUUUGACAACUAUCUCGGCGGAGCUAUCUCUGUGGCACAAUGUGCAGGUGCCAUCACACUAUCUGGUGGACCAAUGGCCUAUCAAAAGCGCGGUGAUCUCAAAUGACGGGAGAUACGUCGCGAUUGCUGGAAGAAGAGGACUUGCUCACUACAGCGUCAACAGCGGCAGGUGGAAGACAUUUGAUGACCCGUUCGUAGAGAACGAGUUCACGGUCCGUGGCGGCAUGUGCUGGUUCCAGCAUGUGCUGAUCGCUGCAGUCGAGUCGCAUAACUCUCAUGAGGUUCGUAUUUACUCACGCGAGUCGGCACUCGACAACAGCCACAUUAUGCAUGUGCAAAGGCUGCCUGCUCCCAUCGUUCUGAUCGCACCAUCUGGAGAGGACUCAUUGCUAGUCUACACCUACGAGAAUAUCCUCUACCACUACGUCAUGAGUGUGUCUGAUGCUACGGUGCAUCUGAUUCAGGUGGGUCAGAUCGCUCUACAUGGUAUCAUUCGCGCGCCCACGAGGGUCAGAGCACUAAGUUGGAUUCUACCGGAAGACCAGAUUCAUCAUGGCGAUCCUUCGCAAGACGUGUCUGUUGCCACGAUCUUGUUCCUGGUCGACGGAAAGCUUGUGCUGCUUCAACCUACAACGACGGGGGGCGGUGGACUCAAGUAUGAGAUGCGGGUCAUCGCACACAAUGUGGAAACGUACGCGUUGAUGCGUGACCAUCCCGCCUUUGCUUUAGAGGCUCACGAAGACUCUCUACCGCCCAGUCCAUCGGUAGGGUUGACAAUGAAUGGUGUGCACGGCCAUGGUCAUGACCUGCGGGACUCUCUCUGGUACUUCGAUGGCCAAGACAUGAAGGUUUGGAUCGACAUGCAAGAUGUGCUUGCUUCUGCGUCCCCGGAGCUUGGCAGAGACCUGCCUACGCCCGUCCAGAUUCCUGUCGACUUCUACCCGUUGUCUGCCUUACUCAACAAGGCAAUCAUCUUUGGUGUAGAAUCCGAGAUAGUCCAGCGCAGGGAUACCAGCUUUGCAUACCUGCGCUUUGGGACAAGGACACACCUCUUCCUUCCCGCAACACUACGGUAUCACUUAGCACAGUACAACCACCCUGCAGCCCUGCACCUCAGCCACCAUUACCAGCAUCUUAUGUACUUCCCACACGCCCUCGAGAUCUUACUGCACGAGGUCCUCGACGAAGAGGUCGAUACUCAGCCACCGCCAGAACAAGCGCUACUACCCAGUGUAUUGUCGUUUCUGAGUUCAUUCCCGCAGUACCUCGACAUCGUUGUACAAUGCACGCGAAAGACUGAAGUACGGUCUUGGCGGACACUGUUCGCCAAUCUACCACCACCGGAAGAACUCUUUGAGGAGUCGUUACAAAAGGGCAAUCUGAAGACCGCUGGAGGAUACCUGCUUGUGCUCCACACAUUCGAAGAGUUACGAUCGACAGGCGACCAGGUGGUCCGCUUACUGCAAGCUGCAAAGCUAGAGCAAGACUGGGAGCUCUGCAAGGAACUUGCACGCUUCCUCAUGGCCCUGGAUGAGACGGGUGCGACUUUACAACGGACGCUUGAACUUGUGGAGCUCAAGACGCCGUCAGCAGAACCAGAACCAGGAUAUGGGCAGGCACAUUUCACUUUCGAGACGACUCGUCUGAACAUCCCUUCAAGAGGUCGGGCCGGGACAAAUGGCUAUCGCAAAGAUAGCAACGGAUCAAGCGGAAGUAGAAGCUCUGCAGCAUCUGCUGGCAGCAGCAUUAGUCCUGGUGGGCGGCCAGGUCGCAGGAACACCACUGCACAGGAACCAACCGACUACUUCGGCGUCGGUUUAGGGAGCCCAAUCGGGCGAAAAUGA